CUCCUCUGCCAGGCAGCUGAGAUCCCCAGGGGAGAAAAAGAUGGUGCGAAGGAGGCAAAGGAGUCCAACACCACAUGGUGGCCAAGCCGUGAGCAGAAACACCCCACAGGGAAUGCCAAGCAGUGCAACCUGACCGGCUGGUGGAAGAAUGACCUGGGCUCCAAGAUGCACGUGACCACGGUUGACCAACAGGGCAACUUCACUGGCGAGUACAUCACUGCUGUGUCGAGCACGCAGAAACCCAUUGAGCCAUCCCCCCUCAUCGGCUCCCAGCACUUGGACAAGGAUGGGCAGUGCACCUUCGGCUUCACCGUCAACUGGAGGAAGUUUUCUGACUCCACAGCUGUAUUCGUGGGACAGUGCUUUGCUGAGGAUGAUGGGAAGGAGGUUCUGCAGACUUCCUGGCUGCUGCGGGAGAAGGUUGACUCCCUGCCCAGCGACUGGAAAGCCACCAGGACUGGCCGCAAUGUCUUCACUCGGAUAGGAUGA